CAGCAGUGCCAUUCACGGCGGCAACAUUUAUUACAGGACAGGGAGGACCUGGAGGGGCCUAUCUGUCCAAUGACAAGGGCUUCAUGAGCAAAGGACACUCCGUUCCACUGGCAGCCAGUCAACGCUGAACCUGGCACGACCUGGACAGGGGCUCCGGAGCACAGGGCGUGAACCCUUCGCCCAGAUAAAACCUGUGCUUCCUCAAGCACGUGUCCGUCUAUCUGCCUGGCAGGCCCAGUGCUGAAGGGUGGGCAUCCAGAGAGGGCAGAGGAGGCCCGAGUUGGCCCUGUUCACAGGCCCUGCCCUGCUGGAUUCUGGGCCAAGGUCAGGGCUGGGACCGGCCGGCGGUCAGCUCCAGAGGCCACAUAGCAAGGGCCUUGGUGCCCACGGGAUCUUGCUCACGCAGGCUGGCUGUUCCUUUGCAGGUCAGGCAGCCCGGCCAUCAGUGACACCUUCUAGUCUCUGUGCCCCCAGGUGAGAGGCAUGCCCUCACACUCCAGUCCUGGCUGGGCUCCAGGGCUGGGCCUGCCUCUGGUGUCAGACCCAUCCGAUGUGGCUUUGCUUUUCUCCUAAGUGGGAACCCAGGUGGGGUGGCGGCUCCUCCUCUUCCUCCAGGGAUCCUUCCUGGACCCCUCCCUCCUACCCCCAGGGAGUCCUGGCUGGCCAGCCACAGCGGGGCAUCUCCUAGGGCUUGGCGGAUGUCCAUGGGUCCUGUUCCCUCCACCCCCUCUGCUGAGGCCUCAGUCCUCCCAGAGGAUCUGCUAGAGUGGACCCCAGACUUCCAGGAGACCCCAGGGUGCAGGAGAGGGGAGGAGGCUGGGAAAAUUAGGGGGAAAGGGAGAGGGCUGGGCCAGGAGUCACUUGGGCAGGCUGGGGGUCCUGGCCCAGGCAGACCCCGUGAUCAUCUAGUUAGUGGGGGAGGGGCCCACCCCGGGUAGGGGCCUGGGGCAGCCCCUCCAGGGCCAGACAAUGCGUCUUCCCCAGGAGCCCCAGCAACAGAGGGGCCUACCAGUGAGGUCACAGAGCCUGGUGGUGCCCUCGGGGAAGAGAGCCAGGAGACUCUGAUGAUGAAUUUUGACCAGAAGGCAGUGAAAUUCCUGGCAAAUUUUUACAUCAAUGGAGGCAAACACUGGACCCACGGCCACGUGAGGCAGACGCCACCAGAGCCCAGCCAGCCCAAGGCAUGUGUGCUGUUGUUGGGCCUGGAGCCAGGGCUGGCCUGGGAUGAGACACGGCCCCCAAAGAUGAAGGAGGUCCCAGCUGGUCUCAGGUUACAGAUGGGCACCCCUCAGGAGUCCCUGCCCACCUACACCCAGACCCUGAGGGAGCUGUUGCUGGAGCAACGCCCCCCGAUCACAGCUGACCUGGAAGUCCCCAGUCCCACCAGGUACCAGGUGCCCAGCCCGUCCCUACGAGAGUCCUCCCCACAUCCCCACUACAGCAUCGGCUGCAAGCACCGAGGCCGAGAGGGCGGUGGUCGCAGGGCAUGGCAGACUUUGUGGUUCCAGAGUGAAAACCCCUUCACGCAGAAAGCCGACUUCCACCAAGAGCAAAAGUGGCCCUCGCCAGCCCACUACCAGCUGUUCAGCCGGCCCGCCGGCCCCGCCUUCAGCUUCAGAGGCCACCACUCCACCUCCAAGACACCUGAGGGCCACAUCCGCCCAGGGCUGCCUGGGGCCAGAGGGCUGGGCCUCAGGGUGCAGCCCCAGUCCCUGCUUCAGGCCUCUUUGCAGGCACCUGGCAAGAGACGCCCUGGCCCCAACACCUACAAUAUCCUUCCUGGGAGCCGCCUGCAGAGGCCCCGUUCUCCGGCCUUCUUGAUGAGCCGCUCCCCGGCGUUCACCUCCUGGCUCAGCACCUCUCGAACCCCUGGCCCAGCUGCCUACCACGUGGAGGACUGCUACAACUCACGCUUCCCCUCAGUGCCUGGCGUGGUCAUCCAGGGUGUGCGCAGACCCAAGCGCCACAACACAGGCCCCUUCUGUGCGCUCUAGAGCCAGCUGGGCACAACCUGCUUGGCCCGGCCACCGAGUGGCCUCCCCCGGGGCUUUCCCAGGCCUCCCUUGGGACUCGGGGCCCCAGCCUGGCCUUCUGACCCUCUGGGCACCCCUGAUGCACCCUUCUGGUUGGUCAAUCCUUCUAUGGGCUGUGGACAAGGCUGGCCCAGCCUGGAUCCCUCAUCUGGCCACCUCCCUGCUAUACAGAGACACUGUUGGUUCUC